AUGAACUUCCAAGCACCAAGACGACAUCAGUACUCAAAGGACAACAGUGAAAUUGAUGAGGAGCGGAGCGACAACUCGAAGAUGUUCAUCGCCAACAACUGUAUGCCUCAAUUCCGAUGGGAAGACGAAAAUUUUGUAAAAUGGAUGUUUUUAUUCACCAAUACAUCUGAGUUUAAAGAAAAUGAAAAGUUCCUGAAUUUCCGUUUUCUUCAAAAUUGGAAUUUGGGGAGCUUCAGUUUUCAAAAACUGUAUUACCAAAAUUAUAAAAAUAACGAACAGAGAAAAAUGAGCAAAAUCUGA